AUGGUAUCAUUUGUUAAAGGAUCCGAGACUGUUUCCAAAAGGAGACGGACCAUUUGCGCAUCUCCUUCACAAGAAGCGCUCACAGUGGUCCAUCAGAGGCAGACUGCCCGGCACAGGAAGCAGACACUCAUGUCUAAAUUGAGUGACUCUGGUUUCGAGGAAGACAUAGGGUCCUCCCCGAUUUCCUCCCCGGCUCGGAUAGAUGUGUCCCCUAUGCGUUCAGACGAGCCUUCUUCGGUACAGCUUUCUAACUGGUACCUGCAGUAUGGGGACAUCGGUUUCAAGAUACAGAUGGACAAAGAGGCGCUGUUUUAUUCCUGCAAAAGCUUGGCACACCAGCCACAAUUGACUGCAGAUGCACGGUGUAAGCUCGUCAGCUGGCUCAUCCCUGUACACAAACAUUUCCGUCUGUCGUUUGAGUGCUGCUGCCUGGCUGUGAACAUCAUGGACAGGUUCAUGGCAACCACACCAGUGGCUGCUGACUGCUUCCAGCUACUGGGUGUCACUGCACUCCUCCUAGCAAGCAAACAGGUAGAGGUGUUCUCCCCGCGGAUCAGCCAGCUGUUGUCAUUGUGCUGUGACGCCUUUACUAAGGAGCAGCUAUGCAACCUGGAGUGUCUCAUCCUCCUCCGCCUCAACUUUCGCCUUUCUGCAGCAACACUGGCCUUUUUCCUAGAUUAUUACACCAACUGCAUUGAGGCUGAGAAGACAGGUGGUGGCAGAUUUGCAAGACCUGGGCAGUGCAGCAGCCUUGCACAAAAGGUGUGCGAGUUAAGCCUUGCAGACUAUGCUUUUAACAAAUACCCUCCAUCUUUGACUGCUAGCUGUGCACUCAGGAUAGCCAGUGAGUUAUUGACAACUGAACAAGGGUUUGUUGAGCAUGCAGCCAUCCAGCUACAGGACAAAUGGGGCUGUUUUGUUGAUGAACUAUGUACCCAACCAUCUAAUUGCCCUGAUCUCUCUGAGGCUGACUCGUUGGCAAUAAAGGGCCACUUCUUGUAUUUGAGUCAGGUGAAGCACACUCUAGCCCAGGAAUGUAAAGAUAACCUGUUACUGUUGGUGUCAUUAAACCAUGAGACAAUGGAAAUGAUGUCUGCCAUGUGA